AUGAGUGUCAUGAAGAGGCUAUGUUGCUUACUGGCUGCAGGUUUGCUUGGAGGCGGGUAUGGUUCUGAAGACCCGCUACCAGACAAGGUGGGCAUCCAAGUGCGCCUGACCAAGCAGGAAAAGGCUGCACUCAAGAAGCUCGAGUGCAGUAUGUGCAAGGCGGUCAUCAGUGAGAUGCACAUGGAGGUUGCGCGGCAUUCCAUGACCGAGCAAGGAGUGGGUUCAGAAGAGCAGGUUUGGGAGACAUCGAACGCGAUGUGCCUUGCCCUGCUGCAGAAGUACCGGCUCAGCCUCGAUGGGGAGCCCAGAAUAGAUGCCAAGCAGGAGGAUGAUGAUGAGAGCGCGAUGGCUGCUGCAGCCGAAGCUGGCAAGCAAGAGAGCUUCAUGAGAUCUAUGCUGGUUUUCAAGAUGGGGUGUCAACAGUGGUUGGAAGACUACGGUGGUGACACAUCUGGCUAUGUGUACAGAUCCGUGAAGGAGCGCAAGCAAUCACCGGCAGGUGCUGCUCAAGAGUUCUGCGUUCGCUCGGCCAAGCUUUGCGGAAAAGGAAUGAAGGGCAAGGAGAAGCAAGAGAAAGCGGACAGGGAACGCCGGGCUCAGCGUGCCAAAAUGGCUCAGAAAGAAGAAGCAGUUGAAGAGAAGCGAAAGAAAGAAGACCCAAUGCAGUCCCUCCCAGAUGACUCAAAGUUUGGCAUCCAACGUUUGCUCGAGAUGGCUCGCGACGAUCCGUUGCAUUACAUGGAUGAAGCUACCAAGGCGCGGGUUCGCACGGCGCGCACGGACCUGAGGUGCGAUGUUUGCAGACGAGUUCUGGAAGAGACGGCGUCGGAGGUCAUCCCAAAGCCAAAAAGUUUGCGGAGCGAGCAUGACAUUCUUGUGGCUAUGGAAGGUAUAUGUGUGGGUGGCCCGGAUCUUUCCAUACCAAAUUAUUUUGGCAUCGAGCCCCCGCCUUUGCCAGCUGAAUGGACGGACCGCUGGCGACCGAAACUGGACAAGAAGUCAGGUCGCUAUGUCCUCAAAGCUUCGUCGAAGAAGGUCAAACAAAGGCGCGACAAAUGGCGAAGCCUGGCCAAAGAGGGAAAGCAACAGCCUCCAGAUUCUGAUGAAGCAGAACAAGACACGAUGCUGACUUUGACCUGCAAAGACAUUGUGGAGCCAGAACGCUUCUCUGAGUUACUCUUUCAGGAAAUGGAGCUCUGCCAGGCAGCCUCUCCCUGUGCGGCAGCCACAAGGACAGCAUCAAAGGUGUGCGCGGACGCAAACGGCAGUCUUUGCGCAUACGAUGCCAUGCAGGAGCUCGCUAGCAAGCCAGAGCUUUGA